AUGGAGGAGGAGAGAGUAUGUGGGGCUUACCAGAGGAUGGAUGACUGGCUACCAGUGAGCUCAGCCAAGGGUUUUGAAGGAUGGUCAAGACUUGGGGCUGGAACUGGAGAGCUAGCCGAAGGAAACAUCGGCAGCGAGGGGGUGGGAGGAAGUGAGGCUGAUGCAGGGGCAGACGAGCUUGAAGACGCCCCCCAGGAAGAAGGCGCUGACGAGGCCGAGGAUGAGGCUGAGGAAGCCGACAACAAAGCCCACAUAUUGGGCGAGAGAUGGGAAGGCGAGGAGGAAGACUGCGAGGAAGCAGCCGGGGCUGAGGCAGGGGGAGCAGGGGGUGGUAAUUCCUUAGAUUUCCCUUUCUUCAAGGGGGUGACACCCCGUUGGCGCUUUGCGGCAGGGCGGGGUGAAGAUGAAACCGUCAGAGAAUGGGGCGGGGACGUGGGAACAUUGAGGACAGGAGGAUCAAGCCUUGGAGUCGAGCGAGAGGCCGACAUCGCCGCCUCCAGCUCGUUGAGAUCGAUAGAAGUGGGAGAACCCGGACCCGAUGAAGGGGCGGAAGGAGUAGGGGAGGAUGCCCUGGGCAUGGGAGCCGAUGGGGGUGGAGAAGGAAGUGAAAGAGAGGACAAACGAGGAGAUGAACGAGGGGGAAUGGGCCGAGAUGAUGAAGAUCGAGGAAGGUUACGACGAGAGCUCAUAUGCGAGCAAGAACGGAGGCACAGGAUCCGAGGAGCUCACGCAAGACGACUAUAUGCGCAAGUGCACGUAACAGGGGCUCCGACUCGGCACGAGACUCGGCUCUGUGGCGUUCGGUUCCUCACACCCAGAGUCCUAAUUUUGGUAACACCGCACGACGACAAAAUGCUCGAGCUCGCUGUCCUCAACAGCGAGCUCAAAUAG